UGAUCGCCGCGCUUUUAUUGGAUUAUGUCGGUUAAUCCCCGCGCGUCUCCAGGAGCUUCAGACAAUUCUGAUGUUUUUACUGCUGGUCUGAAAUGUUUUGAGUGCAGAUACUCCAGUGUGCAGAAGAUCAUGACAGAGGAACAUUCAACGGGUGGUGCAUAUCUGUCCAAAUCAGGUUAUGGGAUGACUGUAGGCGCAGAGGGCGGUGUUAGUAAGUCUAAUGCUGGAAAGGAGGUGUGGCCUGCACAGCCACGCCCAUCAUCGCAUGACCGGGUCACACUAGUGGUUGAUGGGACUCAUUUUGUGGUGGAUCCGGCGGUUUUCACCACUUACCCAGAUACAGUGCUCGGGAGGAUGUUUGGUCGAGCUCGUCAGCACAGCUUCACACGACCCAACUCUAAAGGUGAAUAUGAGAUUGCAGAGGGCAUCGGUGCCAACAUCUUCAGAGUCAUCCUGGAUUAUUAUCGUGUCGGCAUGCUUCACUGUCCUGAAGGUGUGUCUGUGGCUGAACUGAGGGAGGCGUGUGAUUAUCUGUGCAUAAACUUCGAUUACAGCACCGUCAGAUGUAGAGAUCUGAGUGCUCUGCUGCACGAGCUGACCAAUGACGGCGCUCGGCGUCAGUUUGAGAUGUUUCUGGAGGAGUUGUUGGUUCCAGCGAUGGUGGCGAGUGCUCAGGAAGGAGAGAGAGAGUGUCACAUUGUUGUUCUUACAGAUGAUGAUACUGUUGACUGGGAUCGUGAUAAUCCACCACCGAUGGGUGAAGAACACUCACAAAUCCUAUACAGCACCAAACUCUACCGGUUUUUCAAAUUCAUUGAGAACAGAGAUGUAGCAAAAGCUCUGCUGAAGGAAAGAGGCCUGAAGAACAUACGCAUCGGCAUCGAGGGUUACCCCACCUGUAAGGAGAAAAUGAAGCGGCGUCCAGGCGGAAGGUCAGAGGUCAUCUAUAGUUACGUGCAGCGUCCGUUUAUCCAACUGUCCUGGGAGAAGGAGGAAGGGAAGAGUCGACACGUGGACUUCCAGUGCGUCCGCAGUCGCAGCGUCCCCAACCUCAUCACCGCCAUGGGGGAGGGGCCUGCACGAGCUGGGGCCACGCCCACUCCACAAGUCGAUGAGCUGGAUCGGCUGAACGGCCCCGCCCCUCCCGGCCUCGACCAAUGAGCUGCUUGAGCAGUGUCCGACGGAUUAAACUGUUCAUUCUCGGGUGAUCUUGAGUCAGUUUAAUAAAGCACUGGACCGAACUGUGAUAAUAUAUAAAGUAUACUUUGGUCAGAUGCCGGCGCUAGGCAUCUGCGUACAGAAUACAUGGUGCAAAUGUUUGUCAUUAGUAGAGUGCUCGAGCACUGAACACGUGCGGCCCAUUUUUUCUGAACUAUUUCGCUGAAUUAUUUGCACUAAUAAGUGGGUCCACAAGGUGGCAACACGUUGCUGUCACGAAGAAGCCCUAGAAGAUGUGAUCGCUGCUAAAACAACAGGAAACGAAGGUGGAUGUGCACGUCAAGAGCACGUGUGUGAGGAGGUCAGGAGACAUUUGUAUAACUCGAGUCUGAAGGACUAUAUAAAAUAGUCCAGUAUCUCAUAGCAGUCAUAGCAUGCACCAACCGCUUGUGUAUGCGCGCACUGUCAAAUUAAGUAUACGAUGAAAGGUGAGUGUCCGACUGUAUGCAGACGCUUAGCAUUCGUGUCCAAACCGAAGUAUACUGUGGGUUUAGGAUUCAUCAUCCAGUCAGUAUUUAUACACUCAUUCAUAUUCAUUUAUUCACUCACUUCUGAUUCAGCCAUUCAUAUGUAUUCCUUUAUUUCAUAUUCAGAUUUAAUCAUAUUCACUCAUUCAUUCAUUUAUAUUUAUAUGAAUACCUGUAUAUUCUUUCAUUAGGUUACCCCCUCAGUCCCCCCCGGAUUUAAACAUGGUAAAAGAUAUCUGAAAGCACUGUAUUCUUAUUAGCAGCUGAAAGCAUCACCAAAUUAGCCCAAAAUGAAUUACUAAGCGAACACACAAGGGUGCAGAGGUGGAGUAAAAAUUACGGGAGUUCUCAAGGAAUUUCCACAUGAACAUUGAAGUGUAUGGAGUGAAGCGUCAACCCCUCGACGCUUUGCGCUUCCGUCAAGCGUUGUAACGUGGCACUCAAAACUUCAAACGGUUUAACAUUGAUCAUUUCAAAGCGGCACUAAAAUUAAAACAAUGCAUCUUUUGCAACGCUUUUCAUGUUGCGAUCAACGCGCCAUUUGACGCUGGUGUUGAGUGUUGCGUUGAACCGCUGGCACGAGCCAUGUGGAAGCAGUUCUGCUGCAGAGCGUUGUGAUGAGUUCUGUGAGCGCCGAAUCUGUGUUCACAUUAACUGUAUUUUUGCUGAGAUGUUUUUCACCGUUGUGUCCUUGAGCAAAACUGCUGCCGUUAAUGUACUAUAUGUGGCUUUGAAUAAAACAAUAUCUGCCAAAUAAAACAUGAGGAGGAUCUGUCUAUCUGGAAUCUGCUCAAUCUUCUGAAGCCUACAGCGCCACCUAGUGUCAAAUUCAAGAACAUUUUGAACGCACAAGAGCAAACUGUUAA